AUGACAGCGUCAAGGAAGUGGUGCCUGGUUAGAAGUGGGAAGUUAGUAAACAGCUAGUUAGUGAAAUUGGCCACGAGUACGGAGUUAGUAUCCAGGAGCUGGUGAGCGCAGUGAGGGGAACUCAGGGCAUUACCGACGGCGAUGUGGUCCCGGGUUGUUUACGCGCUGCUUCCGGUGUUGGUGUGUGUGAGCGAGGCCAGGAUACACCACCUCUCUCUGAAGAAUGAGACACGCGUUCUCGUCCACCUGAACACCUUCGGAUACUUCGCUAACGGCACGCUGGAGGUCAGCCUGCAGUCUCUAGUGCUUCCUAACAGCAAGGACCACAUGGUGGGCUUCAGUCUGACCAGAUCCCGGGUAAACGGCGUAUUUUCGUACACAACCGAGGACAUGCAACAGUGCGCUCUGUCCAAAACCAAGAGCGAGGAUAAUCUGGUUCUGUUCAUCAUCAACACAAGCGAUUCGAGUGUCACCGUGAAGGCGUUUGGUGAGAAGGACAGUCUCUUAUACGGUCAGACGUCUAGUGAAGUAAAGGGUCUGACUUCAGGCAACGUAAUUAAUCAAGAGAAUUUGCACUUGGUGCGGCGCAAGGCGCCGGAGCCCGCCAAGCAGGCGCCGCAGGAGCCCGCCAAGCAGGCGCCGCAGGAGCCCGCCAAGCAGGCGCCGGAGCCCGCCAAGCAGGCGCCGGAGCCCGCCAAGCAGGCGCCGGAGCCCGCCAAGCAGGAGCCCGCCAAGCAGGGGCAGGAGCCCGCCAAGGCGGCGCCGGAGCCCGCCAAGCAGGGGCAGGAGCCCGCCAAGCAGGGGCAGGAGCCCGCCAAGCAGGGGCAGGAGCCCGCCAAGGCGGCGCCGGAGCCCGCCAAGCAGGGGCAGGAGCCCGCCAAGCAGGGGCCGGAGCCCGCCAAGGCGGCGCCGGAGCCCGCCAAGCAGGGGCAGGAGCCCGCCAAGCAGGGGCAGGAGCCCGCCAAGCAGGGGCAGGAGCCCGCCAAGCAGGGGCAGCAGCCCGCCAAGCAGGGGCAGGAGCCCGCCAAGCAGGGGCAGGAGCCCGCCAAGGCGGCGCCGGAGCCCGCCAAGGCGGCGCCGGAGCCCGCCAAGCAGGGGCAGGAGCCCGCCAAGCAGGGGCAGGAGCCCGCCAAGGCGGCGCCGGAGCCCGCCAAGCAGGGGCCGGAGCCCGCCAAGCAGGCGCCGGAGCCCGCCAAGCAGGCGCCGGAGCCCGCCAAGCAGGCGCCGGAGCCCGCCAAGCAGGGGCAGGAGCCCGCCAAGCAGGCGCCGGAGCCCGCCAAGCAGGCGCCGGAGCCCGCCAAGCAGGCGCCGGAGCCCGCCAAGCAGGCGCCGGAGCCCGCCGCUGGCAAGGCGCAACACAUUGCUGCCAAAGUAGAGAAGAUAAUAUCCCUUAGUGAGGUGACAAAGAAAGAAGUGAGAUUGGUCCUGAACCAGUAUGGAAAAACCUACAACUUCACAUUUCACAUCACUGUAGGUGCUGAGGAUCAGGGCCUGUACAACCUCAACUUUCAUUACUGCAGCAGACCUGUUGAUGUCAAACCCUACUCACUCAGUGUGAAAAUCACAGAGAAGAACCCCGAUGGCUUUCUCUCAGCUUCUGAGAUGCCUCUACCGCGUCUCUACAUUAGCAUGGCUGCUCUGUUCCUAGGAGCGGCCGUCAUCUGGACAUCAACACUGCUCAAACACAAGUACAGUGUGUUUAAGAUCCACUGGCUGAUGGCGGCGCUCGCCUACACCAAAGCCGUGUCCUUGGUCUUCCACAGUAUUAACUAUCACUUCAUCAACAUGGAGGGGCAUCCAAUCGAAGGCUUGGCUGUAAUGUACUACAUUACUCAUCUCCUGAAGGGGGCGCUGCUGUUCAUCACCCUGGCUCUGAUAGGAACAGGCUUCGCUUUCAUCAAAUACAUCCUCUCAGACAAGGAGAAGAAGAUCUUCAUGAUCGUCAUCCCUCUACAGGUGUUGGCCAACGUGGCGUACAUCAUCAUCGAGGAGACGGAGGAAGGCUCGAGUGAGUACACUCUGUGGAGGGAGAUCCUGUUCCUCGUGGACCUCAUCUGCUGCGGAGCCAUCCUCUUCCCCGUUAUCUGGUCAAUUCGACACCUGCAGGAGGCCUCCAGUACAGACGGGAAAGCUGCUAUGAAUCUGGAGAAGCUGAAGCUCUUUAGACAUUUCUACGUGAUGAUCGUGUGUUAUAUCUACUUCACGAGGAUCAUCGCUAUCCUGCUGAAAGUCACCGUACCCUUCCAGUGGCAGUGGUGCCAGGAGUUCCUGAUAGAGGUGUCCACGCUGGUGUUCUUCGUGCUGACGGGCUUUAAGUUCCGGCCGGCGUCUAAUAACCCGUACCUGCAGCUCCCUCAGGACGAGGAGGACCUGGAGAUGGACGAAGUCGUGACGGAGUCCGGGAUGUUGGAGGGCAUCUCGAAGGUGAAGAAGACGUCCAACGGCCGAGAGAGACAUAGAGAGCCUGCCUUGUGAUGAUGACACUCCGAGGGUGGGGGGGGGGGAGCCUGGACUGUUAAACUCCACCUCCUUUUAUUCAGCCAUUCCGCCUAUAGUUGCUUCCAAGACACCUAUAGGAGCAAUCAACUAUGCAAGAGAGGGUGUGUGUGUGUGUGUGUGUGUGUGUGUGUGUGUGUGUGUAUAUAUCCAAAAGAAAGAGAUAAAGCAAGUUCUAAUGUGUUUCCUUAUAAGGAAAUCGUAUUUCUCCUUUUAAAGGGGGACCUGGGACGGGACAAGGGACGCACCAGAUUAAUCAAGUUGUCUGAUUUUCGUCACUUUCGUAACAUUAGUCUGAUCUGUCUGGUGUGUCUUACUCUCUUUUUUUUUUCUCUCUCCUCUCCUCUUUUGUCUUUUUCACUAAUCCAAAGAUUUGCAAUCAUUUACAAGAAAAUAAUCUUUCCCCAAAGGAACAGUUUAACCAAAAAAAAAAAAAAAAAACGAUUCUCCUGUAGUCCAACCGUCCAGGUCUGGUGUCUGAUCGGUGCCUCUUUAUCUCUCCCGAGGCUCUGCGAGUUUGCACAGUGCUGAGUUUGCACAGUGCUGAAGCGGAGGCUACGCGUUUUCAAUAACUCUUAGCAUCGUUAGCCUUACAGCAUUGUGCCGGACACGAAGUGGGUAGAUGUUUAAUGCUUGUUCAAAAAUUUCCUGCACCUGUGUGUUGCUCUUAAAUUUAUCUGAACCGUUUCCUCUUUGUGUCUUUAUUAUUUAACAGAUAAAUAUUCACUGUUUUUUUUUUUGUUGUUGUUUUUCUGUAAGCAUGUUUUGAAAAAUAGGAUUUCUCUUUUUCUUUCCCCAUCAAUCUUUAAACCUGAGGUCUGAGGAGAAGCUUUUGUUUCUCUGGUGUGUUACACCAUAUCUUCAUUAUUUUAUUUAUAUAUUUUUGUACUAGCAUGCUAGCAGUGUAAAGUGCACACAUGCUGAUAAGCAACAUCGUUUAAUAAAUCAGCCGGGGGUCAGGUUUGUGCGGUGGAGGGCUCGAGAAGCGAUUCUGAUCAAGUUGUAGAUGUAACGUUCUUUAAAACAAAUACUAAACAGUAUUGAACCCUGAGCUAGAUUAGCUCCAAAUCCAGAAUCGGAGCGAUUAAUACAUGUUCUGCAACUAGGAAAUCGGGUUUGAUUGACAGCUGGUUAGUCCCACCUCUUCAUGAUUAUAUUUUCUGAAACAAAUUUAACUUGGGGUGAAUCCUACAAUGUAAAAUGUGGUCUCUGGUUUUACUGGGGGAAUUAUUAUUAUUUUUUAUUUUAAGUGAAAGUUUGAACCUCCCUGUUCAUGUUGGAUCAUUCUUUGUCAUUUCUUUUGAUUCAGUUCGGAUUGAGAUCAUGAGAAUGACCAAGACAGUUUGCUCAUAAGUGGAAGCAACAGGUAGGCUUUUACCCACACGGUCACCACCUUGUGCAAUAAACAGCCUCAGUAUGGUCGCUAGCUAGCCUCGAAGACCUGUUUUGCUAAUUUCUAUCACCUUGUUAAAUCUGUGCUAGCCAGCAUGAAUUUCCAUUCAAGAAGAUCUCUUUCCUUCAGUGGAGAAAACAAAAAUCUCAUGGUGUUGCUGCGCAUCUGUAGAACAUCUAUGUUCAGCGAUGUAUGCUUCGAGAUCACCCAAUUAGCACUGUAGACUUCAGUACCGUUGAGGAGUUUGGAGACACAUUCCAUCACGUACGUGAUUCUGAUACAGUUUUGUUGAUCUGAAGCGGUGAUGUUAGUAAUUAAACGCCUGUCUAAUGUCAUACUAAAUGUUUGUUACAUAAUGAACAUCUUGAUUAUAAAACAUCUGAAUCCAUUUGGAAGUGAAAGUAAGUCUGGAUCAUUUAGCAUAGUUAAAAUCACAAGUUUUAAACAUUAGUGAACUAUGAACAUUUUGUUGCCUAAGGUUUCCUAAUGCUGUAAAUGUUUUCAGCGUUCUCACUCCUGAAUAGAUGUUACUAUGAUGUUAGGAAAAUCGUAUGUUACUGUUUCUGUAUUCUUGAACUCUAAAGUAAAGACAUUUUGUUUGUUCAUCAUGUGUUUGGUUAUUAGUCAAGUUUUUGUAUUGGUUUUCCCUUUUGUUAUAACCCUCUUCAACCACACUAGGCAUUUCCUCAGGAACGUCCUUGUCUACCGUUCAGAUGAUCCAAGAUGGCUGCCGUUACGGGCGUUAAAAGGGCUGUAAAUUUUGUAUGUCCUGCAGGCUUGUUUUUAUCCUUGCUAGCUUAUCGUGAUACUCUUCUGUUCCAAUGUGAGGAUGACCUUCAUAAAAAAAUAAAAGGAAUUGAAAUAA